GGCAGCUCAGGCACUUCCAAUAUGUCAGCCAUUGUUUGAGAUUGAACAUCCAAUUUGCAAGUGCGGAUUGUUCGGUAAUUUUCGGUUCAUUUUUCACGUUUUUCCGGUGUAAGGCUUGGUCCAUUCGGUGUGGCAGUGUUUCAGCGUGAUAACUACGGUAAAAACGGAUGACUUCCGGUCUCCGUAUUUUUUGGUGGUGUGUUCCCUUGAGAAGUGCAGUGCAGAAGAGAUAGAAAUAAGAGAAGCUCUGGAAGUAACCCGAAGAAAGUAGUGCACAAGUGAGCGGCCAUCACCAACACGAGCGCGAGCGCCUCCGAUGUUAAACCUGAAAAUUUGAUCAGCAGAAAAAGGCAGAGCCAGAAAGAAGAAGUUGUGUGAUCUUAUGAUCAAUUUAUAGUUGGGUUUGAGUGAGGAGUGGAAGAAAAGUGUUUGCGAAAACAAAGAGAAGCAAGAGUGUGGGCCCGUUUAAGGGAAGGUGAAUCAGUGGGAAGACAAGUGUCCGGAUUAUGAUUGUUUGGUCGUGAUAUCGAAUUUGUUCAACCAGGCAUAGAGAAGAUAGUGUGUGAGAGAGAAAAAGCGGAUAAGUUGUUGCAGGAACGGACGCGUUUUGGAUCGAUCCACUUCAACAAUAAACACAGCCGAUCUCCAUUGCUGCCGCAAGCGCAAAUCAACGUCGCCAGUCAACGCUGCGAGCAGAUCACCAACGAACCGUGUAGUCCGGUUUGAGUUGGUUGUUUUUCAUCUAUUAUAGAGGAUCCUAAGGAUACAGUUUUUAUGAAUCAUUUCCCAUUAAGUUAGGUUAUGGCAAACUUGAAUUUCCAACAGCCUCCUAGAAGUAUACCAAGUAGUGCAUCGUUGAGUGGGAGAGGAGGUACUGCGGGUGGUUUCGGUAAUAGCUCAUUAUCGGGCCAUGUCACACCAACGUCUGGUAUGUUUCCAACUGCAGCCACGGGAGCAGGAAGCUUCGGAGCAAGUCAAACACCUCACUCGCAACAGCAACAGCAGCAGGGGCAGCAGCCGGUGGGUCAGGGUGGCCAGAGUCAACCCCCGCAACUGUCACCGGGCACCGUGGGUUCGAGAAACGGUGGAAGUGGCACAGCUUCGACCGGUGGUUCCAGCAGUGGCGGAAGUGGCGUGGUUGGAGGAAGUAGUACGAACCCUGCGACCUCUAGCGCUAGCACCAACGGUUCCCAGCAGCAGUCCCAGCAGCUUUCCUCCUCGAACUCGUCCGCAUCCAGUGGGGCGAACGCGAGGAGUAACCUUUUCGGAGGACAACGAGGCUUCGCGGAUCGGAGGGCAAUGCCGGGACUCAGUGGAACGACAAUGUCUAACAUGGUCUCGUUCAUUCAGUCACGAGGAUAUGGAUCUCAGAGCGGGAAUAGCAUCAACAAUUUCCAUAGCGUGUUCGACAACGGUACGGCGGAUACGGGAACUCCCCCACUGCUGGACCUGUCCGAGUUUCCAUCGCUCACGAACGCGCGGGGUGGCCAGAACGAUCAAUCGUUACCGCAGUCGAACGCACUGCAGCCUCCCGGAAGUAAACCGUAUGUUGGUAUGGUAAAGCAGCCAACGUCAGAGCAGACGGAGUUCACGAUGUCGAGCGAAGACUUCCCGGCCCUGCCUGGCACGCAGAACGCGGAAAGUGGUCAGCUGGCAGCGAGUCAAGGUCUGCAAGGCGUCCACCAUCAUCAUCAUCAUUCAGAUCAUCAUGGUGCCGAUAGUCUAAGUAAGACGGGUGGUCCGAUCGGUGGUGCUGCCGGUAUGGGGAUGGACUUGCAGAAUGAUGCUAGUAGUUCCACCGUGAACAUGGACAAGGGAGCUAUGAAACGAGGCGUACAAACAUCACCCAAUGGAAUGGUAACGAAUAUUCCUGCUAGUAUGGUCAAUAACCAAUUUGGUAUGGUUGGUCUUUUGACGUUCAUCCGCGCCGCCGAAUCCGAUCCAAACCUGGUAACGCUGGCGAUGGGCCAGGACCUGACGUCCCUCGGACUGAACCUGACUUCGAUCGAAAACCUGUAUCCUAGUUUCGGCGGCCCUUUUGCCGACUCUCCGGCAAGGCCCCAAGAUAUCGACUACAACGUACCACCAGAGUAUUUGAUCAACGUGGCAAUAAGGGAAAAGCUGUCGAAGGUGACGUUGCAGAAAUAUAAGGAUGAUCUAUUAUUUUAUUUAUUCUACACGAAUGUUGGUGAUUUGAUGCAGAUUGCUGCCGCUGCGGAGCUGCAUAGUAGAGAUUGGCGAUAUCAUACGGAGGAGAAGGUGUGGAUCACUCGUGUGCCGGGCAUGACACCGUACGAAAAAAAUGGCACAACGGAACGUGGCACGUAUUACUACUUCGAUGCGCAAAAUUGGCGACGAGUGCCAAAAGAAUUUCAAGUCGAUACAGUGAAGUUUGAUAAAUGUCCAAAUCCAAGUGCUUACGCUGCGAUGAGCGGACAGUCUGUAUAAUAUUUAUUAAUUUGUAAUGAAAAGAAAAAAUGCAGAAAACAAGAAGAAGAUGAGAGGAAAAAAUUAAAAUUUUCUGAUUCAGUAUAA